CUCCCGCCUUCUCUGGGACGCGCGAGGACAAGCGCAAACGACCCCCGGGGCAGCCGCAGAGUUCUGAGCAGCGCCGUAACGGCACUGAAGCGAGGAGAGGACGGAGGCGCAUAGUGAACAUGGACAAGAUAAAGAAAAGGAGAGAGUUGCCUGAGGAGGAAAGGAAGAAGGUUUGCUGUAAACAAUUUACAACAGCUAUGACACCUGCUGUCCAAGAGAAAGCAAUGAAAAGUCAUGGUGUCUGUUUAUCAUCUUCUUUACCUUCAAGAGAGAUGGAGUCCAGUGAAACACUAGCAAUGGAAAGUACUAGACCAGUAAAAGAGAAGAUAAAUGACGAUUCUGCCACAAGUUUUUCUUGUUCUAUUUUGGGGUUUCCUGCUUCUCAAGUCAAUCAUAAUAUUGAUUGCUUUAACUUAAAAUAUUUUGAUCCCCAGUCGUCUAAACAUUGUUCUUUAUUAAUGAGUCCUAAUUUAACAUUCAGUGUAAACAAUAACAAUUGUAUUCAGAAGAACUUAGAAGAGCAUAAUUGCUCUAAGUUGAGAAAUCCUGUAUGUAACAGCACUUAUACACAUUUCAAUCAAAGUAUUAAUUCAGAAUCUGGAGUACAGGUUAGAGGGGAUGUUUUAUCAGGAACAAGGAAAAGUUUUUUGGAAACAGAGAGAUUACUGGAUUUACAUUUAACUGAAUUGAAGAACACAGAAGAAAAGCAGUUUCCAAACUAUAAGUGGUAUCGAAGAAAUGGCUUUUGUGGCAAGGCUUUAUUUGUUAAUCCUGAUACAAAAAAAGGAGAUUUGUUCCAUCAAAUAUUCCAUGAUGCCCCAGAAGUAUCAAUAAAUUGCAAUCCUGGCAGCAAAGAACAAGAAUUAAAUUUACGGUUACUUCAGUGUGUAAACAAGCAACAGACUUUGUUAAACCGGGCCAAAAGAAGUCAGAAACACUUACAAAUUUUGUUGGCAAAGCAUAUUGUCAAACAUUGUGACCAGCAGAUGAAAUGCUUUAUGAAACAUCAGCUAUCGAGAAUGAAAGCUUUUUAUGAUACAAAGAGUCUUUUGGAUGGAAACUAUGAAAAAUGUACUAUGGUUAAAUUUGAAAACACCCUAGAAACUAGUAGGAAUAAAAACAUAUGGUCUAAUUUGGAUACUGCACCUGAUGAAAUCAAGGUGUUUGCUUGUUCUACAGCAGAACUGCUGUCUCAAGUGGAAGAAAGUUUGGAUUCUGAAGCAACUUGUAGCAGCUCAAGUGAAGAUGAUGAUGAGCAGAUUUCCAAAAUAACUCUGCCAAUUAACUGUAGAUCUGACUGGAAAUGGUUGGUAGAAAGAGCUAAAGUUGGCUGUCAGUGGACAUGGCUUCAGGAUCAGAUUUCUGAACUGGAAUACAAAAUUCAACAACUUACUGACCUUCACAGACAGAUUCGGGCCAGCAAGGGAAUGGUGAUUUUAGAAGAAUGUUCAGUCCCAAAAGACAUCUUGAAGAAACGUACACAAUUACCAGAUCAAGAGGCAUUGAAUUCUAUAGGGAACUCACAAGCUUUCCUACAGAGGCAGGAUGUUUGGCCAGAACAUGAUUUUGAAAUGUCACCCAGCAGUCCAACUUUGCUUCUUCGUAAUAUUGAAAAACAGAGUGCUCAACUGAGUGAAAUAAUAAGCAGUCUGAUUGCUCCCCUUAAUCUGUCUCCAACAUCAUCUUCACUUUCUUCAAAAACCUGUAAACAAAAUGAAUUGGUUAAUGGCAUCUCUUUAAGAGAAUCAGAGAACAAAGAAGAAAUUUCAUCUUCUAGUAGUUGCCUGGCUGAUCAACAACAUCUGAAGAGAAGGAGGAAAGAAAAGAUGAAACUGAAAACACCUACUGUUGCUCUGAUGAGCACAUCUGCUCGCACUAGACCACUUCUGAGUUUCCAGAGAAGAAAGUCAUAUAGAAUGAACACAGGUUUCACUUUGAAUAACCAGGCUUUGCAUCAGGGCAGUACCUUGUAUAAUACGGAAGAGAUUGCAAGCAGCAAAAGAAGUACUUACGACUUUAGCACCAAUUCUAGUAUACACAAACAACUCAUGUUGGAACUAGACACAUCAUUCCAUCCUGUUUUAUCAUUUUCUUCAGAUGUUCCUCUACAUGUUCAUUUUAAAACUUUACUCAAGAAAUAUGAGAUCAAAGGUGAUGCUUUUGAAGGUGCUGCUCUUGGUUUAGCAUACAAAAUGUCUCCAUUAAAUGUUUUUAGUCAAAUUAAAGCUCCUCUUCAACAGUUGAGCCAUGGAUAUGAAUCCAGUUGUAAAUAUCAAAGUAUGGCAAAAGUAUCUGAACUGUUUUCAGAGGGAAGGAGGAAAAGACAUUUAAGUGAGACAUUGUCUGGAGCAAAUGAUAGUUGUGAAGCAUUGUCUUUUCAGCAUGAGGGACAGGAGUCUUAUAGUAAUUUUACAGCAGCAUCCAGUGUUGACAUGUUAUCUAGAUCUAGUCACAGUAUCUCAUCACAGCUCAAUUCAAGGCGGAGACUGAGAAGUGAGUGUUCCUAUGACAUAGACAAUAUUGUUAUUCCUAUGUCAUUAAUUGCACCAUCAAAACUGGAGAAACUUCAGUAUAAAGAAAUUCUUACCCCAAGCUGGAGAAUAGUUAGCCUAAAGCCUUUAGAAAAACUGCAUGAGGAUGAAGAGAAGGCAGAAGAUCUGUCUGAUGAUGUCUAUGCUGUACGUCAUUCAAAAUAUGAAGACAAAGAAAAAGCACGGUGGUCACUGUGGGAAAAGUGUCGAUGUCCUAGAAGGAAUAGAUCAUAUAGCAGAAAUUUUGAGGAACAAGAUGCAUCACUGAAAGAAAAACAAGCAAAUUCUAAUCUAACCACCUACAUUUCGGAAAACACUGCAGGCAUAACUUCAGAAGCCUAUAAUUCUCAAUAUUUGGGAACAUCAGAGACUUCAGGAAAAAAACUAUCAAUGACUCUUCUCUGGGAACGUCGGGCUUUUCCACUAAAAACCGAAGAAGUAGAAGUUUUAAUACCCCAGCGUCACCCAGUAGUUCAUCAAGAAUGUUCAGAUACGUCUGUUCUUAGAGAUUCUGACCAUAAUCCAUACACGGCCUUUAGUUUUCUGAACGAUAACCAGCCACAAAAGAAGAGUUCUGUCUCUGAAGUGGAAGACCACCACCAAAUUUACUUGGGGAAAAAACAGACGUGACAGAGAGUAAAGUUGCUGAUUUAGGAAAGUAAAUCAAGCUGAAGGAAGAUGUAAGGCAGGAUGAGAAUGCAAGAGCUAUUUAUAUUUAUCUGAAUUCCAAGAAGAAUGUCCGGUAGACUAAUAUAUUUGUUGUGAAAAGUGGAUGCUCUUAAACUGUGACCUCAAAUCAUUGUCCCAUCUUGAUCAAAUAUGCAAAGUGUCUAAUUAUUACAAUGCAGCAAAAUAUAUCUUUGCAUUUAGCAAGUGGUAAAAAAAUCAAUCUAUAAAUAUAUAAAUGGAACACAUACUUGAAUUCAUUGGGCUAGGCAAGUUAAAACUACAGAUGAGAUAAAGUCAGUUUAAAUGAUUUAAUUUUCUGUACUUCAAUGGAUUUCUCUUCUCCCCCCCCCCUUAUUUUAAAGGUAAGUACUAGAAGUAUCUGAGAAAUUCAUAUUUCUGAAGCAAUGGAAUCUAUUUCUAUUGCAUUUAGCAGUAUUUUUAUUUAUUUAACUCUUUUGUAUCCCUACAAACACUAUGUAUGUGUUACAAUCAGCAGAUUACGAGCAUCCAUUUUCGUAUCUUAGAAACUUUACAUAUACAUGGAAAAAAGGACAUUUAAAUAUAAGCAUUAUGAGCAAGACAAUAGCUGUUAGAAAAUGAUAAGACAAAUGAAAAAGUUCUCAUUCAAAUUCCAAAAUGCUGCAUUGCAGUGUUACCUGUAUCCACCAGGUGAUGCUAGGUGAAUAGAUAUUGCACAGGACUGUUAUGUGCAUUUACUGCUACCAACUCAAGACGAUAGUUCUUCUGUGAGGAACUAUUGAUGGCUUUUAUUAACAUACUAUUAUUAAGUAUGCUUUAUAAAACUGCCAUUUCCCAAAGGAAGCUUUAAUGGGUAGAUGGCCAAAUUUUAGUGUUCCAUUGUCCCCAGCGGAUUAGAAGUACACUGGCUAAUAUAAAAAUGUUAAGUUGCCUUUUCACACUACAGCCUAUGUUAGAUUGUAGUUUGCUAUAUAUUUUGGUUUUAGCUUUUUAAAUAUUUUGUCCAGGAAAUUAACUUUGAAUCUUGCUUCUGAUAGACCAAUUUUCAAUGCAAGGUUUUAAAAUUAAAAGUUAUUUCUCUAUA